CUCUACCAGAACACCACGCCGGGCAAAUCUGGAACUCUGCCCUUUCUCCAUCAUGUCGGCCCACUUGAGGCCAUCAUAGAUCACGCUCGUUUCUUGCAUUUGUCUCUCUUUUCCCAUUGGAAUCAUUACUUGUCACAAGCUCCAAUGCAGAGCAAGGCCCCGCUGCCCAGUGCAGCACCCAAGGGUGUUGCGCCUCGCGAUGUAAAGGCAGAGGACAAGCGUCUCGCGGUGCAGUUCAAGGCCCAGCAUGGGCUCAUUGUAGCUUUCUUCAUUCUCAUUUUUGUCUUUCACGCGCUCGCCAUUUAUCUCUUCUGCAGCGGUUUCUUGCUUUCGCGCCUAGUACUGCCGCAUCGAUCGGAAUGCGCCAUUCGACCAAUUGACGUUCAUGACGCCCCCGGCCACUCUCCUGGAACCCAAGAGCUGGGAUGUUGGACACCUAAAAGCUUCAGCAAAGCUGUCGUAGUGGUUGUAGACGCGUUGCGGUACGAUUUCACAGUGCCCUUCAAGCCUCGACCUGGACAAGAGACCGCUCAUCAUUUUCAUGAUGCAUUUCCUAUCCUGUACGAAACAGCAGUCAACUUCCCAGCAAACGCUUUUCUUCGCCCCUUCAUUGCCGAUCCGCCGACCACAACACUUCAACGACUGAAAGGUCUCACAACAGGGACGUUGCCGGUAUUCAUCGAUGCUGGGUCAAACUUUGCUGGAACAGCUAUUGACGAGGACAACAUCAUUGAGCAGCUCUACAAGGCGGGCAAGAGAGUAGUGCAUCUGGGGGAUGAUACCUGGCAUUCUCUGUUCCCAGGAUAUUUCGAGCCCAACUUGACGCGGGCUUACGACUCGUUCAAUGUCUGGGAUCUGCACACCUUGGACAAUGGCGUCAACGAGCACAUCUUUCCACUUCUCGAUCCGGCCAUGCGUGAUCGUUGGGAUGUCAUCAUUGCUCAUUAUCUUGGAGUGGACCAUGCUGGCCAUCGCUAUGGACCGGACCACCCCGCUAUGGCGGAUAAACUGCAACAGAUGGAUGGAGUAUUGCGUCGUAUGAUUGAUGCAUUGGAUGAGGACACCUUAUUGGUGGUCAUGGGAGAUCAUGGCAUGGAUGUAAAAGGUGACCACGGAGGUGAGUCGGAUGACGAGGUGGAGGCCGCUUUGUGGAUGUAUUCGAAACGGCCCUUCUUUGGACGGCGCGAGAAGUCAUUCGUGGAACCACCAGCGACAGCUAAGGAGAGACCCGUUGCUCAAAUCGAUCUCGUCCCGACUUUGUCCUUGCUCCUCGGCAUGCCGAUACCCUUCAAUAAUCUCGGCUGGCCAAUUGAGGAAGCGUUUAAUCCUUCAAGUCCCAAGGAUCUUUCAAUCGUGGGGCGCAUCACGGCAGCGCAGAUCCAUCGCUAUCAGACAGAAUAUGCUCGAGCGAGGAAAAUGGGCGAUUCUUUUGCCGUGGCAGAAAGUCUCUGGCAGGCGGCCGACAGUGUUUGGCGCUCGAUGUCAUCAAAGUCAUUGAAGCCAGGCAGCAAUGAGGCCUGGGGUCUCUACGAAGCCUAUGCAGCUUAUCAAAGAGAGAACCUACGGACCUCAAAGCAUCUCUGGGCACGAUUUGACCUUACCAGCAUGACGAUGGGCAUUGUCACGCUGGUCGGCACAUUCGUUUUACUGAUCGUCUAUGCUCAAGGCAUUGCUGGAGAUCGUGCCGCAAUCACUCCUCCGCUACUUGGAUCGGGUCUGCUCGGAACCGUCAUUGGUGCGAUUGCGGGAGCCGGUUUUGGUAUGCUUCUGACCUUGGGCGUUUUACAAUCAAUUGCGUUUGGUGCAGCCGCUGGAGGAAUAUUGGCUACGUCUUAUGGACUUUGGCCUGCGAGGAAGUUCCUGCAGCUUCCUCUUCCAAGAACACUCUGGGGCGGAUACUGCUUCUUGAUCACGGCUCUGCUUUGCAUUGGGUUUGCGUCCAACUCAUUCGUCGUGUGGGAAGACGAGCAAUUGUUAUUCCUGUUGACCACAUUCGGUGUGCUCAUGCUUGGAGCAUCUCUGGGACGGGCAGAGGCUUACGAUCGGAAGCUUGGAUCUCUUAAUGCGGUUUCGUUCUUGGUCGCAACGCGGUUGAGUUCCCUCUCGCGUCUGUGCCGAGAAGAGCAAAUGCCGAACUGCCGCUCAUCAUACUACGCGUCGGCCACAUCGUCAACAUCGUCCAAUUGGCAGCUGUUUAUUCCAUUUGUGGUGGCGCUCGUCUUGCCAUCGAUCAUCAGAUUCUUCUUUGUUCGUACGCUCAACUACCAUGGCUCAGCUGUCAUCUGGAUCGGCAUCGCCCUGCGCGUGGGGCUGGUCAUGGUCGCUUCAUACUGGUUCCUUGAUGCCGCUGAUGACGGGGAGUGGUAUCCUGGGAUCUCGAAGAAUUUGCUUAAGACUACACGCAUCGUGAUUGCCCAGGUUGUGCUUUCCGUCGCCUUUGCUGCUGGAUAUGCGACCUACAUAUGGGCCGCGCCGAUGUUGGCUGUCAAGACAGAAGAAGCACCAGCCCCACCGGCCACCACGGUCUCCAAACCAAUUGACAAUGGCGAGCCUGACGCACCUGUUCUAACUACUGUGCGUGCACCUCCCGCUGCACCUCGCACCAAGCUCAUCAUCUAUGGGUAUGCGAACAUUCACGGCACUCGCUAUUUCCUCCUUCCUUGCGCAUGGCUGCUCGCCCUCCUACUCGUACAGAAGCCGAUGGGACAGGGCGCCCUUGCGCUAUGCAUGAUUUCCAUUCUCAACAUCCUUGAAAUGAUCGACGCGAACAACAUCCGCUCCUCACCUGUUGGCCCAAUCAUCCUGGCCCUGCUUGGCAGCUUUCACUUUUUCAAAACCGGCCACCAAGCUGCGCUGGCUACGAUACAGUGGGAGUCGGCAUUUAUUCCGCUCCGUACGAUCCAAUAUCCUUGGAGUCCCCUGCUUGUCGUCUUGAACAGUUUUGGUCCACAGAUCCUCUGCGCCGUUGCUGUGCCGACGAUUGCACUAUGGAAGGUGCCACCGAAACACCCAGCUCUCCUGAGUCGAAUUGCUGGAGGGAUGGCCACACACCUGAUGUUCUACGCAGCUAUUGCGGUCGCCACUGUCAUCGAGGCUGCAUGGUUGCGGAGACAUCUGAUGCUCUAUCGCGUGUUCAUGCCACGCAUGCUUCUGGCGAUCAUCUCGUUGCUACUAGUCGAGCUCAUAGGAGCCCUUGUAGCCCUCGUCGGGGUCAGGUGGAGUGUGGUAAGCGUGGGCGACGUCCUAGGGUGGCCAGAUGUCAACCAGAAAUAGAACAUGUACAUUGCAAAUCACGUCUGUAUCGUGAAGAAGAUUGAACCCCGUUCUGGUGAGCGAGGAACGAUUGGAAGAGUAGGCAGGUCGCAACGGAGAUACUAAGUCACUCCCAUACUUUGCCUCGCCUUCCGGAGGUGAGGAUUACGCACCUCUCGCCUUAUGCUUUUAUUGUCUCUUUUAUAAGUGAUCUUUCCUACUGAAUGAGGUGAAGCCUCCGCCGCGUGGUAUUCUAUGACAUUCCUGUCUGCAGAGAAUUAUGAAGCUUGUGGACUGGUUGUCUUUGAGUACUAGGACUUGUGCUGAGAUCCAUGGAUGCCUAUGUAGCAUGAAAUAUACCGCUGACUGACCUUGG